GCAGGAUGAACGAACCGGUGAUUCCUCCGUUGACAAAGAAACGUAGACCGAAAGGCGAAAAUGGUAGAAACUAGCAGGUAAAAAAUCAACAAAAAUCUUCAUCUCUGAAAAAUUCCUCCAUUAUCAACUUCUCUUUCCCCAUCCCCGCACCACACCGCAGAAAUGGAGCCGAGCAUUUUGGAGUUCAUCGGCGUUGAGAUCAUCGGCGUGAUGUCUCCUGUCUCCAUCUGCAUGUUCCUCGUUGUCCUCCUCGUCUACUCUCUCUCCCCUUCCAAUCCAUUUUCUUCUUCUGCCACUCAGAUACGAACCGCCGCGAAUCUCGUUUACGUGGAAAACCCCUCCGAUUCAGCUGCACAGAAGCUCGAGGGUGCACUCCUCAACGCCUUGGUCUUCGUCGUGUUAAUCGCCAUUGUCACCUUCCUCCUCGUCCUCUUGUACUACUAUAAUUUCACCAACUUCUUGAAGAAUUACACUCGCUUCUCUGCAUUUUUUGUGCUAGGUACAAUGGGUGGUUCAAUUUUUUUGUCAAUUAUCCAGCAUUUCUCAAUUCCUGUCGAUUCGGUUACAUGUUUAGUGUUACUAUUAAAUUUUACUGUUGUGGGUGUUUUGUCUCUGUUUUCGGAGGGGAUACCAAUUGUUCUAAGACAAGGAUAUAUGGUGUUAAUGGGGAUAAUUGUGGCUGCUUGGUUUACAAAAUUACCUGAAUGGACUACAUGGGUCUUGUUGGUGGCAUUGGCUGUAUAUGAUUUAGUUGCUGUUUUAGUACCUGGUGGGCCACUUAAGUUAUUGGUGGAGCUGGCGUCAAGUCGGGAUGAAGAGCUUCCAGCAUUGGUAUAUGAAGCACGGCCAGUAGUUUCACAUAGUAGGAGAAAUCAUGGUUCAAGCUUGGGGCUUCUGGUUGCUGGGGUGUCAGAUUCUGGAUCAGUGGAGCUGCAGGCAGUUUCAAAUGGCAAUGUAAAUCAGAAUAGAGAUGUAAAUCGUGCGAAUUCAGAGUAUAUUGCUGUUGAGGUUAGGAACUCUAGAAAUGCUCAAGGUGAGGGGAAUAUAGAUGAAGGUGAAAGGUCACCCUUGGUUAGUAAUUCUAGGGAAAGGCCCUUCACAAGUAGUGGAUCAUCACAGUAUUCAACUGUUGUUGACAAUAGAGAGAAUGAGAAUUUUGUCGAUGAGGAAAUGUCUCCCUUGGUUGAUAUGAUGGGAAUGGAAAAUGAGGGACAGACGAGGAGGGAUGCAACAGAAGACUCCCAGUCAGCAAAUCGGGGUAUCAGACUUGGUCUUGGGGAUUUUAUUUUCUUCAGUGUUCUUGUAGGUAGAGCUGCAAUGUACGAUCUAAUGACAGUCUAUGCUUGUUAUCUUGCUAUAAUUUCGGGACUUGGUUGCACUCUAAUUUUGUUGUCUGUUUGCCACCGAGCUCUGCCUGCCCUUCCCAUAUCUAUCACAUUGGGUGUCAUAUUUUACUUCUUGACUCGGUUAUCAAUGGAGCCUUUCAUUGUUGGAACAGCAACAAAUCUGAUGAUGUUUUGAUUCUUCUACUUUGUUAAUAGAAGAAGAGAUGUUUACAAUCUUAAAGAGAUGUUAGUGUUACUUCAGACUUGAUUUUUUAUACUUAGUGAAAAAAUUUGCUUCCCGAGCAAUCCA